UCCUCUCCUCUCACCGUCCGCCCCUCCCGCCUCGUUCUCUCCGCCGCCGCCUCCGUUCCUCCUCCAUUCCACCGCGCAGCCAAACCCAAGCUCCUCCUCAGCCUAUAAACGCAAACCUUACCGCCGCGGCCACCUCUGCGUUCCGAGAUCCCGAUCCCCGACAAUGGCGACCGCAUCCUCGCUGCGCGCCGCCGCCCCUUCCACCGCCCCCUGUGCAGCUCUCAGAUCCACCUCGACUGCAGCGGCGAGGAGCGUGCGCGUGGCGCCGGCGCCGGCGGCGAGGGCGGGACGCGUCCGGCUUGUGGCGCGUGCGGCGGUUGCAGCAAAGGCAGAUGCGCCGUCGAGCGCCGCGGCCUCCAAAUCCGACGGUCAUGAGGUCUUGCUGUUUGAGGCUCUUCGUGAGGCCUUGAUAGAAGAGAUGAAACUGGAUCCAACAGUGUGCGUGUUUGGUGAAGAUGUUGGUCAUUAUGGUGGUUCUUACAAGGUGACAAAAGGUUUGGCUGAUAUGUUUGGAGACCUCCGAGUCCUGGAUACCCCUAUUGCUGAGAACUCAUUUACUGGCAUGGGAGUUGGAGCGGGAAUGAAAGGGCUGAGGCCUGUUGUUGAAGGCAUGAACAUGGGCUUCCUGCUCCUUGCUUACAACCAGAUCUCAAACAACUGUGGCAUGCUUCAUUACACUUCUGGUGGCCAGUUUAAAAUCCCACUCGUGAUCCGUGGCCCAGGUGGUGUUGGUCGGCAGCUUGGCGCAGAGCACUCACAGCGUCUGGAGUCAUAUUUCCAGUCUAUCCCUGGCCUGCAAAUGGUUGCCUGCUCAACUCCUUACAACGCUAAAGGUCUGAUGAAAGCCGCCAUCAGGAGUGAGAACCCUGUGGUGCUAUUUGAGCACGUCCUUCUGUACAACCUGAAGGAGAAAAUCCCCGACGAGGAAUAUGUGCUCUGUUUGGAGGAGGCUGAGAUGGUGCGGCCUGGGGAGCACGUGACCAUCCUCACGUACUCGCGUAUGAGGUACCACGUGAUGCAGGCUGCAAAGACUCUGGUGAACAAAGGUUACGAUCCAGAGGUCAUUGACAUCAGGUCGCUGAAGCCGUUCGAUCUGCACACAAUUGGCAACUCCAUCAAGAAGACGCACCGCGUGCUGAUCGUGGAGGAGUGCAUGCGCACAGGAGGGAUCGGUGCAAGCCUGAGGUCGGCCAUCAUCGACAACUUCUGGGACUACCUCGACGCCCCCAUCAUGUGCUUGUCAUCACAGGAUGUGCCGACGCCAUAUGCUUCGACCCUGGAGGAUGCGACCGUGGUGCAGCCUGCCCAGAUCGUGGCUGCGGUCGAGCAAAUCUGCCAAUAGGACGGCUGAUGAAUGUGUUGGAAUCGUUGCUGCCAUGAAAUAUUUUCUGUUGUGUUCGUUUGGCCAUAUAGCUAGGCAUUCGUUGCGGUACAGGCUUAUAGCCGUUCUGUUUGUAUUGAGAUGUAUACUUGAAAGCAUUGCUGGAUGGAGUGGAUCUUGUUCUUUUUCUGCGA